AUGACCGACCUCACAGUCCUCCUAGCGCCCAAUAACCUUUACCCUGUGUCGAAGUCAGCAUUUGCUUUUGGGCUCUCGGCGGGGAGGGGGAGGAAGAGUCCUGGGCCAAUGCCUCGACCGGUGAUGGUGACACUGGAGUCCGACAUUGAGUCGCCUCCGGGUUACGGAGAGACAAAUUCUGGUCAGCCACAAAUUGCGGCACCGGUACCAAGAGGUUUGCCUCAGGACACAACUCUACUAUCACCACCCAUCAACACUUUCAAGGCUCCUCGACCCCGACCGCGACAUAGGCCUACAAGAUCACGUAGUGCGCCGCCUGGCUUCUCGAUAUCGUCAGAGCAACCAGUUGCUGACACUGGGCAGCGAGCACUAGACGAUCUCUCACCGCCGCCGUUGACUGCACCGUUUCUGCCUCGCCCACGGCGACAAUCGACAUUUACGAGACCUCGAGCCGGAGAGCUAGUGAAGCCACCGCCGCCUUUAUUACGCCCGACAACAUUUUGGCGCAAGACAAGGCGUUCGGGCGUUACUGGCGCAUCCUACUCGCCUGCUUCACAUCUCGUUCGGCGAUCAACUUUUAUCGCAGCAGGCCUUGAUUUCGACGCGCCAGGUCACGAUCUCUCCGCCUUCGGUGUCGAAAGCCGUGUUGGCUUUAUCCUACUCCCGCCUAAUCACAUCUUCUAA